AUGGCGCCCCUGACCCCCGCGCUUCCUCUUCCGGCCGGGUUGCCAUGGCGCUGCCCCCCGGCCCAGCCUCCCCCCGCCCGCCGGUGUGUGUUUACAUCGGGCAGGAGGAGCCGGAGCCCCAGCGCCGGGGGAGACGGGCACGCAUCCGGGCCCUCCGUCCAUCGCCGCCGGGCGGUGCUCCGGGAGACGCGGCAUGAAGAUGCCAGCAAGGACCACCCACAGCAGCAGGCAGGAGUCAUCUGGAGAGUGACAGGCGGCUUAUUCAGUAUCACUCGGGGAGCUGUGGGGGCCACACUGGGCGGAGUUGCCUGGGUGGGCAGCAAGAGUCUGGAGCUCACCAAAACAGCUGUGACCAGUGUCCCCGCUGCUGGCGUUGGACUGGUGAAGGGCAGUGUCUCAGCAGUGACCGGCGGCGUCGGAGCUGUGGGCAGUGCGGUCGCCAGCAAAGUCCCUUUUACUGCAAAGAAGAAGGACAAGGCUGACUAA